GGUUGCAGUUCCUGUUGGAUAUGGUCUCUAUUCAGCUUUUUUUCCUAUCCUGACAUACUUUUUCCUGGGAACAUCAAGGCACAUCUCAGUUGCCUUCCUUGCUACAUCCUUUUUUGAUCACUGUGGACAAUAUCAUCUUCUUGCCUGUCGCGGAGCCCCAGAACCUGUGUAUCCACUCCGGCCUCGCUCUAGGCCCUCACAUCACGGCUAUGGGUCCCUUUCCUGUAGUCAGUUUGAUGGUGGGAUCUGUUGUAUUGAGCAUGGCCCCUGAUGAUAACUUUCUCAUAGAUGGCAGUAAUGCUACAGGGGCUAACGGUACUGGGCCACUGAUAGACACUGAAUCCAGAGAUGCCCAGAGAGUGCUGAUUGCCAGUACCCUCACGUUUCUGGUUGGAAUUUUACAGGUAGUAUUUGGAGUCCUUCAGAUUGGUUUCAUUGUGAGGUACCUUGCAGAUCCACUAGUUGGGGGAUUCACAACUGCAGCUGCUUUUCAAGUGUUUGUGUCACAAUUGAAAAUAGUCCUAAAUGUUUCAACUAAAAACUAUAAUGGUGUCCUUUCCAUAAUAUAUACUCUUGUUGAAAUAUUUGAAAGAAUUGGUACCACCAACAUUGCAGAUCUUAUUGCUGGACUCCUCACCAUUUUUGUCUGCAUGGUAGUUAAAGAAAUAAAUGACCGGUUCAAACACAAGAUACCUGUACCUAUACCAAUAGAAGUUAUUGUGACAAUAAUAGCCACGGGCAUUUCAUAUGCUGCUGACUUGGAAAAAAAAUACAAUGCUGGCAUCGUUAAGAGCAUUCCUAGAGGAUUUUUGCCUCCUGAACCUCCAGCUGUCGGCAUGUUUUCCCAGAUGAUAGCAGCCUCAUUUUCCAUUGCUAUCGUUGCUUACGCUAUUGCAGUCUCUGUGGGGAAAGUAUACGCAACCAAAUAUGACUAUGCUAUUGAUGGAAACCAGGAGUUUAUUGCCUUUGGGAUCAGCAACAUUUUUUCAGGAGCCUUCUCUUGCUUUGUUGCAACUACUGCUCUUUCACGGACUGCAGUCCAAGAAAGCACUGGUGGAAAGACUCAGGUGGCUGGUAUAAUCUCGGCUGGGAUUGUUCUGAUUGCCAUUGUAGCCCUGGGGAAAUUGCUGGAGCCCUUACAAAAGUCUGUGUUGGCAGCUGUAGUCAUAGCCAACUUGAAAGGGAUGUUCAUGCAAGUGUUUGAUGUUCCUCGUCUGUGGAGACAGAAUAAAGUGGAUGCUAUGAUCUGGGUUUUCACAUGUGUCGCAUCUAUCAUUUUGGGACUUGAUUUGGGAUUACUUGCUGGCCUCUUGUUUGGAUUGCUGACGGUCGUGCUGAGAGUUCAGUUUCCCUCAUGGGGUGGCUUUGGGAACAUUCCUGGCACAGAUAUCUACAAGAAGGUCAAGGAAUACAAAAAUGUUAUAGAACCAGAAGGAGUGAAAAUUCUCAGGUUUUCAAGUCCAAUUUUUUAUGCAAACAUUGAUGGACUGAAAAGCAGCCUCAAGUCCACAGUGGGAUUUGAUGCGGUUAAGGUUUAUAAUAAGAGAAUUAAAGCACUGAGAAAGAUACAAAAGCUGAUCAAGAAGGGGAAAUUAAAAGCUACUAAGAAUGGCAUCAUCAGUGAGCCUGGUAUUAAUAAUGAAGCUUUUGAGCCUGAUGAGGAACCUGAGGACAAUGAAGAUCUUCAAGUUCCCACUAAAGAAGUAGAGAUCCAGGUGGACUGGAAUUCAGAACUCCCGGUCAAAGUAAAUGUCCCCAAGGUGCCCAUCCACAGUCUCAUUUUCGAUUUUGGAGCAGUGUCCUUCUUGGAUCUUGUAGCUGUGAGAUCAAUAAGAACGAUAAUUAGAGAGUUUGAGAGAAUUGAUGUAAGAGUAUACUUUGCUUCAUAUCAAGACAACCUUAUCUCACAACUGGAACAGAGUGCCUUCUUUGACGAUAUUGUCAGAAAAGACAUGUUCUUCUUGACUGUCCAUGAUGCUGUACUCUACAUAAGGAAUCAGAUGACAUACAGUGACAACCAGGAUCCUAUAUUUGAGAAGAUUUCUCUCAUGCAGGAGUCUAAAGAGCCUAUAGAGUUCACAGAAACAAGCCGGCCUGAUGAUGAACUUGACGUUCAGGAAGAGGCUAUGCGCAGACUCGCUUCAUGAAGAACUGCUGGUACUGUCAUACCUGUGAACUCACAGCAAUAUUUAUGCACCGGUAUUAUAAAAACAUUUUCUGCAAUGAAACCAAUCUUUGCACUUGAAGAAAACCCUGAUUCCUUGUCUGAAUGAUGCAGAUCUCUAGAAAUCUCCACAUUUGACUACCAUUAUCCCUGAAAUACUCCAGACUGAUUCAGUGAGCAAGUUCUGACCUGAUACGUUGAUAAAAAAAAUCUAUUACAAAAGACUUAAUCAGUUUUGGAACUAGUCAGGGGGAAGGUGCAUCACACCGUCACUUCAGUGUGUUCAGGAAGAAAAGCUGCUUUGUGUUAACCUAGCCCAGGGGAGUUGAAGAGACUCAAAUGUUUUGAUCGGAGACCUCCUGUUAUGUAUUUGUACAACGCCUAGCAAGAGGACAGGAGUUCUAGCUGGCCAAGGCUUUGCAGUCCUAGAACGUUAAGGUGACCACACUUGCUGACAAAACUCUUGAAAAAUGCACCUCAAUAGUUCUUUCCAAGCAAUUCCUUGAAUUGCUGCAGGUUGUUAGAUAAAUGAAACACAGGACAAGUGACAAAGUCACACAAACACAAAACUGUGUGCUGCACUACUAUAAAACAAUAAUUAGGAUAAAUUUCAAUAGAAAAGGCCCUCGGAUAGUGGUUCAUUAGUUCUGCAUUCAUCCCAUUGUAGUAAAUCAUGCACUCCUGUUAAUGAAAAAUUAACAAGUAUAAAAAAAUCAAAAAAAUCAAGUAUAUGCAUAAGAUUAUUUUGGCUAGGUUAUGUAUCUAUAGCUGAUCGAGAGGCAGAUCAUGACAUAGAUUAACGAAAACCUUAUUCCACAAAUACCUAAUGAAAUUUGUAGAAUGGGCUGCUACAGAAUAUAAGUCAGAAUGUGAGCUAGUAUAAGGUUUUUUAAUGAAUUGUAGGAGUUUAGUUAGUUUAAGGAAUAGCUAUUUUUUUAUAUAGCAUAUAUAUUUUUUAAUAUACUACAUCAAACAGCUGCUGUUCUUCUACAGGAAACAUAUAGACAUUUGACAGUCCAUAAUGCUCAAGUGCAAUAAUUUACACAAGACACAGGAUUCAAACUGCAAAAUUUUAAUCCUUGAUUUUAGGACUAUAUAAAAUACAUAUGCAAGAAAUCAAUGAUCUUAACUUCAUCAUGAAGAAACUGGUUUCAAUGGAAAACAGACUGCUACCUUAAAUAUUUUAGCACUAUCUUAAUUUUUAAAAUGGAGAAAAACCUGUGUGGUGAGGGAAUAUGUAAUACCAAAAGCUUAAGAAAUACAGACUCUAAAACCCCUUUAAGCUUCACCAUGUGGGCCAAUUAGCUUUAGUACGUUCACAUAUUUAAGUCUCUUUAUUCAAGUAUGUCAGACAAAUUUUCUUGUAUCACACUGCACAGAGAAGACUGUUAUGUUACUGCAGGUGAUGUUAAUGGAAAAAUCUCAGGUGAAAAGCCGAGCACUAGGUAAGUUAUUCUUCUCUAAGGACCGGAGUGAACUCUUUCAAAAUCAGUGAAAAAAAUUCCUAUAAACUUCAGUCAGUUGACCAGGAUCCUUCCACAAUGGGAAACUGCACCAAAGACUGUCGUCUUCAUUCUCUAAAUAAGACAAAAACUUCAGCCUUCAUGGCACUCGGCAAAGUUUCUCAUUUCAAAUGCAGUAAAGGUUUGAUCCUACAUGAUAUUGAUGUUCUAGUUCAAACCAGCAAAAACGCAGGCCUGCGCUUAGAGUUAGGAACGAGCAAUUCUUACGUCAGACAGGCUUCUCCACAAGCUGAGAGUUAGGUAUGUGUUUAAGAGCCAAAUCAGACCGACCUGCACCUCCUAAGAUGGAAGCAUUGAUUAAACUUACACUAAUGCUUAGGCUCAGGCUGUGAUUUGACACUUCAGGCUUUUAGGAAAUAAUAGCAAACACUUCCUAUCUUCAUUCUCUCCCCCUCCAUUUGCCAGCAUAACUCAGGAGGUUGGUGCUUCUGCCAACAUUACUGACAAACCUUUCAUAUUAGGCCAUGGCCUCAGUUUAUAUUAUCCUGCAUACAAGCCACUGCUGCCAAUGCACGUGAAUGAAGGAUAAGGCCAGUAGCAUGUUUCUCAGAGGAUGUAUUGUUCCUCUAAAGUGGAUGUACAUUUUAUGUAAAAAGCAAAAGGAAACAUUCUGCUUGGGACUGGUAAAGGAGCUUUCUGCUAUUUUUAAGCAGAACAAACACCGCAGAAAAAAGUGAUAUUAGAAAGAUAGCAGUGAAUGUUUUGUCCUUGAGAGAACAUCUGCACUGUGAAGUUUGAGCACAGAUUCUUACUUGACAAAAAUGUGGGCACAGAUUAUUUUUGAACCUUCUCUAGUUCUUGCCCAUAUAGGUAUUUAGAAAAAAUACAUAUAUAUAUAUUUUCAACAGUCUUCUAGCUUUCUUUACAAAUAUGACAUUUUAGCUGGAAUUAGUUGUAAUAAAAUACAAUGCAACGCACUUAUUUUUGGCCUGCAUAUUUCUUCAAGGCAAGGCUGCAUUUCUUAACUUUAUUAUUAAAAAAUAUUCACCUUUCCUGAAUAAUAGCAUUUCAUAUAAAGCUUACACUUGCCCAAAACAAUAAAGAGCAACAUGCAGAAGGCAUUCAGAUGCCUUUUUCAGUGAGGCAGGGAAUACGUGCCUUUUAACACUCUUAUCUACAUAUCCAUCAAAAUGAAGAAUACCAAAAUAAUAGGUUUUGUAAUGAAGCUGAAAUUCUGUACAAUUUUGUACUAAUUCAGACAUCCAUAAGUAAUGCACAAGAUAUAUGUGAUUAUCUUUUUCAGCUGAAUGCAGAAGUGAUAUUUUUAUCUGCACUUGUGAUUACUACCAUCUUUGCACGUCAAAUAUUAAAUUGGAGACGUAUUUGUUUUUUACCCUUUUAAAAAGGCUACAUUUUAAAAGUCAUUAUGUCCAUUAACUAGAAAAUAAAGUUGUGCAUACUGAAAAGUUA